CUCUCAUGUUCUCCUUCCUCUCCUCCACCCGCUCAACACUUGGCCAGGCCGCCCGUCGUCUUGUUCAACAGCGACAGCCAUCUCUCGUCCGUGGCCGUGCGGACCUUGCCCCCAAAAAUGUCGACCCUCGCUAUCUCAGACGGCACAAAGGCGUAAUCCCUAUCAACAUCGGUGGAUCCAUCAAGGGCACUACGCUCGCGUUUGGUGAAUGGGGCAUCCGGAUAAAGGGCCUUGGUGUUAGAUUGUCGGCGAAGCAGCUCUCGACGGCGCAGGAUGUAUUGCUGAGGAAGAUGAAGGUCAUCAAAGGCUCCAAAGUAUAUCUGAGGGUGUUCCCCGAUGUUCCCGUGGCCAUCAAGGGAAACGAGACGCGUAUGGGUAAAGGAAAGGGGACAUUCGAGUACUGGGCCACCCGUGUCCCCACCGGACGUGUCAUCUUCGAAGUAGGAGGCGUACCCAUUCGUGAGGAGCUGGCGCGUGAAGCCCUUCGGCAGGCGGCGUCCAAACUGCCUACCACCAUGGAAUUCAUCAGCCGGAAAAGCCUUCCACGGUUAGGCAGUAUACUUGUUGCGCCUGAGACUCCUUCGACCGAUUCAUCCAAGCCUGAGGUCCACCCGGGUUCACAAUCAUAACCUACUGUAGUUGCUUGAUUAUUUGCUCAGCGUGUAGUAGCAAGCGUGCUCGUCACCCCAAUCUACCACGCAUGUUCUUUCUUGUGUCUGCUCAUUCGCAUAUGCACACAAAAGAACUUGUGCGGUGAAUGUGUGACCAUGUAUAUAUU